AUGUAUCCGAAUGCCGUUGAAGGAGAAAUUGCCCGCCCAAUGCCAGAACCUGCUGCAUGCCUACGGAGACGGAAUAUUGAUAUGAGGUAUCGGUUUAGGGGAAACAAUCCUCUCGGAACCGCCCAAGAACUACACCAAAACCAAGAAAGUGUACCGCAGCUAUACGGUGGAAGACCGGCGUUACCGCCGAUGCCGGGAACGGACGGGAACGAUGAUCAGAAGAAAGAAUAA